CUGAAAGAAGUCUGGGGCAGAAGCACCUCCAUGUGGGGACCGGGGUCACUGGGCCACUCGCUGGGCACCUGACUUGGGGGCGGGGCAAGGAGCAUGAAACCCGGAAUUGGUCUGAGGAGUUUCUCUGGUCUGGUUUUCCGGUGUUUUAGGCUUCCUCUGCCACAGACCCGGCUUCAGGCCCCGCUGACCUUCACCUCCCAGGCCCUCAGGAUGGCGAGGACCUGGGUCUGCUUGGCAGGCGCCGUCUUCUUCCUUUCCUGUCUGGUUUUGCAUUCGCGCUUCUGCGGCUCUCUGGUUUCAAGGACAUUUUCUUUUCACAUUUCAUGGAGAAUGGAAGACCCUCUCUUCCGGCUGGAUUUGGGCUGGCCCAAGAAUUCAGAAUACUUCACUGGUGCAACAUUCUGUGUUGCAGUUGACUCCCUCAACGGGUUAGUUUACGUAGCUCAAAGAGGGGAUGACAUCCCCAAGGUAUUAGUGUUCUCAGAGGAUGGAUAUUUCCUACGAGCCUGGAAUUAUACAGUUGACACACCCCAUGGUAUGUUUGUCUCCGGCACACCAUAUGAGCAGUCCGUCUGGAUCACGGACGUAGGAAGUGGACCCUAUGGCCAUACUGUUAAAAAGUAUAAUUCCCUCGGUGAUCUUGUUCAAGUCUUGGGAACCCCAGGCAAGAAGGGCACUGGCUUGAACCCGCUGCAGUUUGACAACCCUGCAGAGUUAUAUGUAGAUGACACAGGAGAGAUUUACAUUGUGGAUGGAGAUGGGGGACUGAAUAACAGAUUGGUCAAACUAUCCCAAGAUUUCAUGAUCCUCUGGCUGCGGGGAGAGAAUGGAACAGGACCUGCCAAGUUCAACAUACCUCACAGCGUUACACUUGACUCAGUCGGUCGGGUGUGGGUUGCUGACCGAGGAAAUAAAAGACUCCAAGUAUUUGAUAAAGACACUGGAGAGUGGUUAGGAGCAUGGGACAACUGUUUCACGGAGGAGGGGCCUUCUGCUGUGAGGUUCACCCCAGAUGGGAGGUACUUGAUUGUGGCCCAGCUGAACCUCAGUAGACUGUCAUUGUUGGCUGCUCCACCCUCCGGAAGCAUCGGAGACUGCACUGUGGUCAGCACCAUCCAGCUGGCAGAUGAGGUUCUGCCACACCUCUUAGAAGUUGACAGAAAGACUGGCGCUGUCUAUGUAGCAGAAAUUGGGGCAAAACAAAUACAAAAAUACGUUCCGUGGCACAGCCGCACCCCUGCCUUGGGGGCUUAGUGCUUCUGGCUAGGCAGAGCUUCAAGUAGCAGUUCAGCACCUCAGAGUCAUUGCGUUUAAAAAGGCACCCAUGCACAGGAUCAUUUUUAUCUCUUCUACCAGAAAAGUGUGUGUUUCGUCAUGACGAGUCAUGUUUUCCGUGAUUUGGGGACUUAGUUUUACAAAUAGGCGUGUAAGAAUUGUUUUUCUUUUUGGUGGCCCUGGGAGUUGAACUCACUGCUUCCUACAUGCUAGGCAGCUGCCUUAGCUACAUCUUUACGGAAGCAGCUUUUAAAGAAAGAAAUGCAAUUCUAAAAUGGGGUCAUGAGGGCAAGCUGUGGUUGCAACCAAGUUACUUGCCUAUGCCGAUUAACUCUGGGAUCCUGGGUAACUUUGAUUUCUUAUGAAGAGUGGAAACCACUAGUUUUAUGUACUUUAGACUGUGGGAGAGAUUUGAUGCGUGCAGAGGGCCACACCAGUCCUGAGGAUUCUGAAGUGAGGGAGCAGUGUGGUUUGCCUUGUGCUUCAAUAGACAGAUAAGUGGGUAUGGUGACAGCAGGAUCGAGAGGACCAUGACGGACAGGAGGAGGUGUGUGUGUGGGGUGGGUGGGUCUGGGGGAAUUCAUGGAAACUGCAGUCAAUGGCAGCCUGGACUCAUACUGGGUCAAGAGAUACGUGAGAAAGAGGAGAGGCGACAAUACCAUCUAGGUAAAGAAGGGCUGAGGCAGACUUCCCAUGGAUUUGGAGGGAAAAAACAACAAAGGGUUUGAUCUUCUGGCUACAAAAUGCUUAAUGUCACCCUUGACAAGCAAGACUACAUCCAGCAUCUCAGCACUGAGCUGAAAGGAAGACUUGCAGGUGGGUGUUUUAGAGCUCGUGCUGGCAAUAAGUUCCCUCCUCAGGAUCGCCCAUGCCAUUGUGCAAUAUUAACUCAUGUACUUACCAGCACUUACCUACCUCAAAGAUAUUUUAAUUAGAAUCAUUUUCAUGGAAGCGUGCCAAAUGCUUUGAGGUAUUACAUGAAAGUUUUCUGCCUUUCCAGCCUACUUUUGCACUAUCUAAAUAUUGUCCUUCAUGUGCCAAGGCUUCUGUGUUCUUUCAGUUUGUUCUGGUUGAUUCUAGGCUUUGAUGGAGCCCUUUGCUAUCAGGGUGUUUUCAUCACCCAUCCCGUUUGCUCCUAUCAGUGUCCGUCCUGGUCCCAGAGUUUUGCUGUGACUUGUACAGCACUGGGCCAGCCUAAGCUGACGUUACCCCACUUACUCCAGCUGAGGAGCUUGGCCCUUCCUGUCCUGGUAGUGGUGGCAUGUGCAGUGUGGGCGGAAGGGGAGCCUCCAGCAAAAGAGCGCUGGAUUCCAAUGUCAAAUGUGUCCCUACCACUCACCAGAUUGUUGCAGAAGCGUCACCUUACUUUUCUCGUUAGUGACAAGGGACCAUUGUCCUUCCUUCGUUCACUAAUGCUGAUUGGACUGGAUGUGCAGUAGGCACAGGUUCUAGAUGGAGCCUGGAGUGCAUUACAGAAUGUUCCAAGACCAGACCUUCUAACUGCCAUUUUCAUUUUAACACAUGCCAGGUUUGCCUGGCUGUGUCCAAGGCUUCUACAACAUGAGAAGUCUGUUAAUAUAACCAGUUGACUUGGGUAGAAAGGGAAUAUGAAGCUUGUUUUGUUGGUAAGCCAGACAAGACAUGUAGGUGCUCCUGAAGGAGAGCAGACUAGCUGAACUGCCUUUGUUAUUUCAACUGUAUUUUAUUUACCAGUUUAUUCUAGAUCAUUUUUAUUGCAGUGUUUCGAUCAGAUCUGUCAUUCGUUCUCUCCCCUUCAGCUCCUCCCCACCCUCCAUAAUCUUUUCCUCCCAGUUUCACGUGCACGUGUUCAUUCCAUGAACUCGGUGCUGCCUGGAUGUGCAAAUGUCCCCCACAGCCAUCCAUCUCCAAUAGCUUCUCGGCUCGUGGUACUUCCCGAGCCUCCCUGAUCUCUGCCGGGAUUUUGACUGUUGCUGUGGGUUCCUUUCCAGCAGAUGGUGUUCUGCUGCAGACACACCACCCCUGUCCUCUUCUGCAGUAGUCCCUGAGGCUUUCACGGAUGUCCCAUUUAGAGCCCAUCAGUUCACAGUCUCUUACGCUCUGUGGCUGAAUCACUUGUGAAUCUCUGUAUUAAUAUCCAUCUAUUUCAAAUGAAACUUGUGAUGAGAAUUGAGCGGUGCAGUAACCUGGGGGUAUGAAGAUAAGAACUUCCCAGUGGGGCACUUUAUUACUGCAUCCCUUUACCAGUAUAAUAGCAUUAGAUAGUCCCCUGGGGCAAUGGUCUCCCCAACCACAGGUGUUUAGCUAGUUAGCAGUACCAAGCAGGCUUCCAUCUUUUAGAGCAGGCCUUAAAUCCAAUCAGAAAGUGGUUGGUUACUCUCAUAACUGUGCAAUUCUUGUGCCAGUGGACACACCUUGAUAGGCCUGUCCUUUCUGUAGCUAGCAGGCCGCACACAGUUGGUUAUCUUCAAUGCUGAACAAUUUCUCCUUCAGUGAUAUAAAUAGAACCUUCAAGAAGUGUGAGAGCUAGCUAGUAGGGAUGAAGCUUCCUGGCCAGUGCCAGCAUGAUUUCUGCACAGAUUCUUAUAAAACUUGCUACUGAUGCUGUUCUUGUUUAUCUUUUGUGAUCAUUGUGCUUACAGUCAAAGCAUUUCACUCUGGAUCAGUGAGUUAAAGAAAUAAGACUUGUAUUUUCUAUUGGGACAUUAAAGUUUUGCAAAAAUAAAAGUAUAUAACCUGG